AUGGCCUCCAGGCCCAACAGGCCUCCCUCUACGUGGUCAGACAAACACGGUCCUAUCUACAGCAUCAACAUCUUCGGCGUCAACCACAUCUGGCUUUCUUCCGACAGAAUCGCCAACGAUCUGCUUUCCAAACGGGCUGCAAAGCACUCAGACAGACCAAGUAUCAACCAACUAAUCAACAGCAAGACGGAUCCAGAGUACCUGCCCUUGCUUGGAUACAAUGCCCACCACCAUCGCCAACGCAAAAUUGUAACCCAAUUCCUCUCCGCCUCAGCGCGAACAAACCACCAAGACAUCCCCUACUCAUACUGCACCCAGUUCCUAGACGAACUCCGCGCCAACCCAGACGACUACGAAAACAUAAUGGAGAACUACACCGGGCGCGUGAUAUCGCGGCUGGCCUUCGGCGUGCCGGACCAUUACCUAGAAAUCAGACAGCACAGUCAUGGUCUGCUGCAAGCGAUUUCGCCAGCGGCGUACAUCACGAAUAUCAUUCCGCAGCUGAAACUGCUACCGAGUUGGGUGAGUCCCUGGAAGUGGAUCGAGAAAGCUCGCCAUGCGCGAGAGAGAGUCUGGUUUCUGCAAAGGCACGAAGAAGUUAAGAGGAAGGUUGCGAAGGGCACGGCGGAAGACUCGUUCAUGAGGUACGUGCUUGACAGGCAGGGAAAGACGGAUGUGAGCGAUCUAGAAGCCGCGUACAUGGUGGGUAUGAUCGGGUUAGCUGGUGUGUUGACGACGUCGUCUUGCCUGAUGACGUACCUCCUCGCCAUGACGCUGUAUCCAGAGUGGCAGACGCGGGUGCAAGUUGAGAUUGACGAGGUGUGUGGGGAGAGGAGGCCUGAGAUGCGGGACGCGCCGAGGAUGCCGGUGCUGAGGGCUGUGAUUAUGGAAUUACUAAGGUGGAGACCGAUUACACCUAGUAGUAUCCCACACGAGACGACAGAGGACGAUGUCUACGACGGUUACUUCAUCCCCAAAGGGACUUACAUCCAUCCAAAUCAAUGGGCUAUUACUAGGGACGCCGAGGUCUAUCCCGAUCCUGAAGUGUUCGAGCCAGCGCGGUGGUUGGACCCAGCGUACCCUUCGUACCGCGAGCCUCUGACCGAAUAUCCUUGCAUUCGCAAUUUCACCACAUUUGGGUAUGGGCGCCGUUUAUGCAUGGGCAUGGAUCUCGUCGAGAACGAGUUCUUUGUUUCGAUUGGCGCGAUGGCUUGGGCCUUUGAUGUGGCAAGGAAGGUCGGAGAUGAUGGACGCGAGGUUGAGAUUCCACGACAUGAUUAUACGACGUAUUUGAUCAGUAGGCCGAGAAAGUUUGCCUUCGAUCUGAAAGCGAGGCAGUAG